AAAGGGAGAGCAAAAGAGAGGAAGAAACCAGCAGAGAGCAAAGUCAGGAAACAAGAAGCAUGGAAUGUGCUGCUUCAGUUGGCACUUCAAUUCUUGAAAAAAUUGGAGGGUUUUUGGUUCCGCCUGUAAUCCGUCAGCUAAAAUACCUUUUCUUCUACAAAAAACAGAUCGAAAAACUCAGAGAUUGUAUUCCAGAUUUAGAGAGCGCUAGAAGCAGGAUUGAAGGAAAAAUCAAGGCGGCUACGGAUAAUCUUGACAAGAUCCAAACCAAUGUUGAGCUUUGGGAGAAGAAUGCAGCUGACCUCAUCCAAGAGGCACAACAAUUUCUGGAGGCUGAAGCCGUAGCAAGAAAGAGAUGUUGCUGUGGGUUUUGUCCAAAUUUUGUGUUGCGUCAUGGGCUGGGCAGUAAAGCAUACAAGACGAUGCUAAGAGUUGUGGAGAUGUCGAAUCACGAGCCUGGAAAAUCGGGAGAAGAAGUUUCUUUUACUCCCGAAAGAAAAUAUACCAAUAAAAACGAAGGCUAUCAAGCCUUUGGGACAAGAAAUGAAACUUUCGAGAACAUCAAGGCUGCAUUGAAGGCAGAUGAUAAAACUAGAAUGGUUUUGGUCUACGGGACGGCUGGCACUGGGAAAACAAUGUUGGCUAAUGAAAUUGCCAAACAAGUAGAAGAAGAGAAGUUAUUUGAUAAAGUAAUCUUUACUGCUGCAUCUCAAAAGCCAGACUAUAAAAGGAUCCAAGGAGACAUUGCGGACAAGCUGAGACUGUCAACUUUGAUGGAUAAAGAAACGGUGGAAGAAAGAGCAUAUCUUUUGCGAGAGCGGCUGGCAAAUGAAAGCAAUGUCCUCAUAAUUCUGGAUGACAUUUGGGAGGAACUGGAGUUGAGUAAUGUUGGAAUUUAUUUUAAGGAUGAUCAAAAGGGUUGCAAGAUCCUAGUAACAUCUAGAUUCCAGCAUGUGCUGCAAAAUUAUAAGCAUACUACCCAGAAGUUUGAGAUUGGAUAUUUAUCUGAGGAUGAAUCAAUUGCUUUGUUCAACAGCAUUGUUGGGGAUAGAGCAACAGAAAGGGGGUUCCAAGAGUUGGCAACUGAGAUUGUUGGUAAAUGUCAAAAAUUACCGCUUGCGGUUUCGGUUGUUGCAUCUGUGUUAAGAGAUAAGGAGUUGGAUGUGUGGAAGGAUGCUUUGGAGAGGUUAAGGAAAUCUGGUCCGGGUGGAAGUCAUGGAAUGAGCGACAAUUUAUUUAAUUCCAUAAAGCUGAGUUAUGAUUUCUUAGAUGAUGAAGCACAAGAACUAUUUUUGCUUUGUUGCAUGCGGGAAGAAGAUACGAACAUGGAUCUUCACUACAUGUUGACUUAUGGUUUUGGUUUCCGCAUAUUUCACCAGGUCUACACGCUUAAAGAUGCAAUACGUAGAUUUCGCGCGUUGGUCAGCAAAUUAAGAGAUCAUUCUUUGUUGUUAGAAGGGAGAAGUUAUGUCUAUGUCAAAGUGCAUGAUGUGGUUCGUGAUUUUGGGAUAUUUAUUGCGUCCAAAUAUAAGGCUAUGUACACCAUUAGAAGCAGAGAUGAAUUUAACCAUUGUCACAGCGAGAAAACAUUACGAAAUGCAAUUGCCCUGUCUCUUCUUUAUGAUGAUAUGGGUAAGCUUCCUGAGAAGUUGGAAUGCCCGCAUGUCAAAUUACUUUGGAUGUGGAAAACUGGGUCCUCAGAAGUUCCAGACCUCUUUUUUGAGGAAACAAAGGAACUAAAGGUGUUGGAUUUGUCUUAUGCGAAACUGCUGCCACUACCUUCAUCAUUGGGAUUUCUUGAAAAUCUUCGAGUGUUGAAUUUGUGCGAUUGCACGCUUGGGGAUAUAUCUGAAAUCGGUAAUCUCAAGUUGUUACAAGUUCUUGACAUGACAGGGUCUACUAUUGAGUAUCUGCCGAAAGAAAUAGGACAACUGUCACAUUUACGAGAACUCGAAAUAGGUCGUUGCAAGUGGCUAACAAAAAUUCAUCCCGAUGUCUUAUCGAACUUGAAGGAGCUGGAAGAGUUGAAUAUGAAGAAUACUGUUAUCCAAUGGGAGGAUGGAGAUGGAAGAGAGAAUGCGAGUCUUACUGAUCUACAGGAACUGCCUAAUCUGAGAGCUUUGCAUUUGGAAGUGGAAAGUGCCCAUAUUAAGUCAACCAACUUGUUGAGCAAGAAAUUUAGCCGCUAUGAAAUAUCAAUAAAUACGAGACCCUCUAUUUGGUUCAGCAAUAAACUGACGGCAUACACAUUAUUCGGUUCCAAAAUAUUGAAACUCAAUCUGGGAAGCAAUCUUUUGAUAGAGGAGCUUGGUCUUGGAAUGUUGCUCGAUUGUUCCGACGAGGUACAAUUCGUUGGAAUACAAGACGUUGAUGCUCUAAUUCCUGGAGUAAACAAACAAGGAUUUCUCGAAACUAUGCACAUGGCAUUAUAUGAUACUAAAAUCCGAUAUAUCAUUAGCCCGUUGCCGAGCCAUCCUUACAGCGCUUUUGAAAGGUUGGAGUCAUUGAGGCUUCACACUUUGGAGAAGCUGGAACAUAUAUGUCACCGAGAACUCGGUUCAGGCUCGUUCUGCAGAUUACAACAACUUGAGAUCAACAAAUGUCACGAGUUAAAGAGUUUGGUUUCCUUUUCUGUGGCCAAACUCCUUGUGCAGCUCCAAGAGAUAAAUGUUUAUGAUUGCAACAUGAUAGAAGAGAUAAUCACGCAUGACGAUCAGCCUUUAAACAAUGCUGGAACUAUUGAAUUUCCUCAAUUACAAACUCUGCGGCUUCAAAGUCUUCCCAAGCUUAAAACAUUCUUCAGCCAGGGAUUGGAACCAUCUAAAAGGACUCUGGUGCCUUUGUUCAGUGGACAGGUUCAGGCUUCAAAACUGACAAACUUGGAAGUAUCUUAUUGCGAGUCUUUGAAAUAUUUAUUUUCAUCCGCUUUUGCCUCAAAGCUUCCGAACUUAUAUUACAUAUACAUGAAAGAGUGCAACAUGAUGGAAGAGAUCAUAAUCGUGGAUCAGAAGGUGGAGGAAAUAUGUUUCCCUCAACUACAAUAUCUUCAGCUUCAAAAUCUACCAAAGAUUAAGAAAUUUUGCAGUGGUAUUUCCAUAGAGUGUCCAUUGAUGGCUGAUCUGAAAAUGUGGAAUUGUAACUUUCAAGGGAGUCAAAAGAUAAUAUUUGCGUCUGAAUCUGAUGCCGCAUGA